AUGGAUGAUUUACGAGAUUCUCAAAAAGCAAUAAUUCAAGAGGCAUUAGAGAUGGGUGAACUUACAAUCGUUAGGGGCUUGAAUCAACAACUUGAUCUUUCGAGAGCUUGUGAUACUCGUUGGAGAUCUCAUUGUAAAUCCUUUAACAAUUUAAUUCUUAUGUUUGGGUCUAUUCUUGAAGUUCUUGAAUUACUUGCUCUUGAUGCACGAAGUAUAGAUGAAAGAGCCAAGGCAAUGGGACAUCUUGAAUCUUAUCGAACAUUUGAGGUUGCAUUCAUGUUGCAUUUGAUGAGAGAUGUAUUAACAAUCACAAAUGUGCUCAAUAAAUGCUUACAAAAAAAUGAGCAAGAUGUUGCAAACGCCAUGCUACUUGUUGAAGUAGCAAAGAGAAGGUUUCAAGUUUUAAGGGAUGAUGAAUGA